AUGGCUGUUGCAGCAUCCUUUGCUGAUAUGGCAGUUUGGGGCCCAAUUAUUGAUGACAGCUGUGAAGCCACACACUCCUCUGGGUUCUCCGGAUCUUCUGCCUCAGUUGCAAGCACCUCCUCCAUCAAAUGUCUUCAAAUUCCUGAGAAACUGGAGCUCACUAGCGAGACUACAGACAGCCCUACUCAGUCACCCUGGUGUUCACAGUACCACAGACAACUGCUAAAAUCCCAACCAGAGCUGAGUACCUCUGCAGAGUUUUUCGUAGAAGAUAGACCAAUGCCUAAUUUGGAAAUAGAGAAGGAAAUUGAAUUAGACAAUGAGGAUUACUGCAUUAAACAAGAAUACCUGUUAUGCGAAGACCAUAAAUUAUUCUGGGUGACGCCACGAAACUCUGCAGAGUUAACCAUAAUAAAGGUAUCUUCUCAACCUGUCCCAUGGGACUUUUAUAUCAACUUCAAGUUAAAGGAACGUUUAAAUAAGGAGUGUGAUAAUUUGUGUCGCUGGUAUCAAUACCAAGAUGGCUGUAUCGUUUGGCACCAAUAUAUAAACUGCUUCACCCUUCAGGAUCUUCUUCAAUACAGUGACUUUAUGACCCAUGAAAUGACAGUGUUGAUUAUUUAUAACCUCUUGACAAUGGUGGAGAAACUACACAAAGCAGAAAUAGUCCAUGGUGACUUGAGUCCAAGGAGUCUGAUUCUUAGAAACAGAAUCCACGAUCCCUAUGAUUGUAAUAAGAACAAUCAAGCUCUGAAGAUAGUGGACUUUUCCUACAGUGUUGACCUUAGGGCACAGCUAGACGUUUUUAACCUCAGCGGCUUUCAGACUGUACAGAUCCUGGAAGGACAAAAGAUCCUGGCUAACUGUUCUUCUCCCUAUCUGUUUGGUAUAGCAGAUUUAGCACAUUUACUAUUGUUCAAGGAACACCUGCAGGUCUUCUGGGAUGGGUCCCUCUGGAAAGUUAGCCAAAAUAUUUCUGAGCUAAAAGGUGGUGAACUGUGGAAUAAAUUCUUUGUGCGGAUUCUGAAUGCCAGGGAUGAGUCCACAGUGUCUGUUCUGCGGGAACUUGCGGCAGAAAUGAAUAGGGUGUUUGACACCACAUUCCAAAGUCACCUGAACAAAGCUUUAUGGAAGGUAGGGAAGUUAAUCAGUCCUGGGGCUUUCCUCUUCCAGCAAGAUAUGCAGUCAAGUUUCUCACAGAUUCCUGCCUAAAACCAAUGGUUGUACUGUGGAACACUGGACCUGUAUAUGCUAUGAUUUAAUAUAGGUACACUACUAACACUUUUCUACUUUUUGAUAGAAGUAUAUUUCUAGGUAACUGGCAUUUUCUACUCAGCAAGGUACCUCCUCUUGGCCUUGUCUAACAAAGAACUGUUUUAUUCUAAAUGGAUUCCGUAUUAAUGGGUACCUUGUCAUUUUUUAAACAUCUUUAUUGGAGUAUAUUUGCUUUACAAUGGUGUGUUAGUUUCUGCUGUAUAACAAAGUGAAUCAGCUAUACAUACACAUACAUCCCCAUAUCU